AAUCUCUAAACUCUAUUUAAAAAUGAGCAUGAUGUUCUUUGACACCAAGAGUAUAAAUCCUUCCUACAGUAGGACUGAUAAGUACAAUAAUCCUAUCUCACAUAAGCGGACAAAAGAGUCCCUAGUAAUGAGUCAAUCUCAAAGUCCAGAGCGGUUGGUGCUCCCAGCUCUAAACCAGGCUAGGAUAAUAGACCAACAGAGUUAUCCUGGAGCCAGACAAAGCUCUAUCCAGCCAAAGAGAUUUUUCGAUCAACCCAACAAGUACAUGUGUGGAAAUGAUAUGAAACUUUUGAUGAACCAGAAGAUAGAAUUCAAUAAAAAUGUAAACUCGUAUAUUAGUCAGAAUUUAGUCUCCCGUAAGAAACGCCUCAACAGAGAAUUCUCCAAUAAUUCAGGAGGAGGGGGAGGCACUAGCCCAGCAGAUUUUAAAGACUCCAAAGCGAAACAAAAGAUGCUUCAUGAUUUCAAAUAAAGAAAUUUUCAAUAGGGAAAAGGAUGAUCAUGUAAAAAUGAGGGAAAACAUCAGGAAGGACAACUCUCUUGCUCAACUUGAAAAGAAACUUAAAUAAAGAAGUGUAUAAAUAAUAUCUUAGACAAGCAGAACAAGAAGAAGGUAUUUAACCUUUCAAGGCCUUAUCAAAGUUACACAGACAGUAAGAGUUACAUUGACCUUGAGAAGGAAGAGGAUAAGAUUCUCUCACAUUUAUCAAAGAAAUAAGUACUCAAAGAGGAACUAUGACCCUGUCUGUGAAAGUCCUUCUGAAUUCUUCACAUCUCCUCUCCCACAGUCUGUGGCUAAGAAGAGUCCUAAUUAUAAUCGGUUUAAUCAACCUAAGUGGUAUGAACAGUAUAAAGAAAAAGCACAGAAAAUCAGGAAGGAAAAGUUAGCUAAAUCAAAGCAAAACUCAGAUAUAUUUGACCUUGCUGCUAUUAUUAAUAAACAGAAGAAGAACAGAGACUCUCCCUUCAGAGUCAACAGAAGUAUUCAGCAGAAGAAGUCGCCAAAGAGGUCACAGAAGGAGGCAAAACCUCCUCUUCCCAAAGAAUAUCUCACUGGAACACUUAUGAGAAACUCUACCCUGAAUUUCAUGAGAAAAUAA